AAAUGGAAUCCUACAUUUUUAAUACUGCGACGGAAGUAUUCCUAGGCCUAGUGAUUCUACUGUGGGCUCUAUACUGGUAUCUCACGAAGGACUACAACUUCUGGGAGAAACAUGGAGUGCCCUGCAAGAAGGCAGUAUUUCCUUUUGGGUCCUUGGAAGAUCUCGUCCUGGGCAGAGAACAAAUAGGAGACGCUUACGCCAAAAUUUACAAAGAGUUCCCUGGUGAACGUUACUGUGGAGUGGUUGAGUUCAACUGCCCGGUGUUGGUGAUCAGAGACCCUGAACUGGUGAAACAUAUCUUAAUAAAGGAUUUCAACCAUUUUGUGGACAGAGUGCCUUUUGAACACAACCCAAAAGAGUCUAUCAGUCACCAUCUGUUCUUUAUGAAUGAAGAGGACGGAUGGAAGGACAUGCGGCACAAAUUGUCACCCGCGUUCUCAUCUGGGAAAAUGAAACAGAUGUUUCUCCUCAUGUUGAAAUGCAGCAAACAGUUGGAGGAGUAUUUCAACAAAAUUGCAGAGAAGGAGGCUAAUGUAGAUGUAAAACGGGUUUUUGCCAAUUUCACAAUCGACACAAUAGCAUCGUGUGCUUUUGGCGUAGAGACAAAUUCUUUAUCAAGUGGCAACAAUGAAUUUUAUCAGACUGCUGAUGCCAUCUUCAAACCUACAACGUGGUUGGUGAUGAAACACAGAAUGAUGACUGUCUUCCCUUCACUGUCGAAACUGAUGAAUCUCCAACAAAUAGCACAAAAACCCAAGAAGAUGGUCUAUGAUUUGGUUACUAACACUGUUGAGUACCGCGAGAAAAAUAAUGUUUACAGAAAUGAUAUUUUGGACAUCCUCAUCAGUAUUAAACACAACAGAAAUACUCUUUUUGAUACCAAAGAAGCAAGUGGAUUGAAAAAUACUUCAAGACCCAAUAAGGAAGAAGGACUCACAAUAGAUCAAAUAGCUGCCCAGUCCUUUGGCUUCUUUUCGGCCGGAUUCGAAACAGCUUCUUCGACUAUGACUUUCUGCCUCUACGAGCUGGCGCAUCACCCGGAGAUCCAGGAGCGCCUCCGGCUGGAACUAGAGAAAGUGCUGGAGAAACACGGAGGUGAAGUUAGCUACCAGGCGCUCCAGGAUUUGAAAUACAUGGAUCAAGUUGUUGAUGAAACGCUGAGAAUGUACGCAUCCCUCGCUGUGCUCCACCGAAGAUGCACCAAGCCGUACAAAAUCCCUGGAUCCGACUUGGUACUCCAGCCUGGUCAGAAAAUACGCAUCCCGGCCUAUGCUCUACAUCACGAUCCCCAGUACUACCCGGACCCUGACAAGUUCGACCCGGAGCGAUUUGCACCUGAGAAAGUCAAGGAGCGACACCCCUGCCUGCACCUCCCCUUCGGAGACGGUCCCCGCAACUGCAUAGGAAUGAGGUUCGGCUUAAUGCAGACCAAGAUAGGAUUGACCACGUUUAUACGCAAGUUCCAUGUGGAGGUAGCUUCUGAUACUCCUAUUCCUGUCAAGUUAUUGCCAACCUCCUUGGUCACUCAGUCGGACCGACCCGUCAUCCUGAGAGUUAUCAGGAGAUUAUGUGAUAAGUGCCGUGAAAAAUGUAUUAUCGCUAAUGUUAACUGGAAAAUAGUAAUUAUAAAGCCUAAAUCUUUUUUACAAAUUAAAGAGUUUUUAAUUUGUUGGUGUGUCUAUGCACAAAUGGAGAUUUUCAUUUUUAAUUCAUUGGCGGAAAUACUCAUCGUCCUAUUUCUUCUACUAUUGUGGGCUCUGUACUGGUUUAUCACGAAGGAUUAUGAUUUCUGGGAAAAAAUGAGAGUGCCCUGCAAGAAAGCAAUAUUUCCCUUUGGGUCACUGAAAGAUGUCACCCUUGGCAAAGAACAUUUGGGAAAAUCUUACAACCAAGUUUACACAGAGUUCUCUGGUGAACCUUAUUUCGGAGUGGUAGAGUUUAACGGCCCGGCGUUGGUGAUCAGGGAUCCUGAACUGGUAAAACAUAUCUUAAUUAAAGAUUUCAACCAUUUUGUUGACAGAGUGCCUUUCGUCCACAACCCAAAGGAAUCCAUCAGCCAGCAUCUGUUCUUAAUACAUGAAGAGGACGGCUGGAGAGACAUGCGGCACAAAUUGUCACCUGCGUUCUCAUCAGUGAAAAUAAAACAGAUGUUUCAGCUCAUGUUGAAAAACAGCAAACAGUUGGAGGACUAUUUCAACAAAAUUACAGAAAAGCAAGAUAGCGUAGAUCUAAAACGUGCUUUUGGCAAUUUCGCUAUUGACGUAAUAGCAUCGUGUGCUUUUGGGGUGGAAACGAACUCUUUGUCAAGUAACAGUUCCGAGUUUUAUCAGACGGCAGAGGCGAUUUUCAGACCUUCGAUGGGGAUUAUCCUGAGAUACAUUAUGAUGACCGUCUUCCCUUCACUCUCUUUACUGUUGAAUCUGGAACUAUUUCCGCAAGAGCCAAAAAAGAUGCUCCAUGAUUUGGUUACCAACACUGUGAAGUACCGUGAAAAGAAUAAUGUGUGCAGAAAUGACUUUCUAGAUAUUCUUAUCAGCAUAAAAAACAACAGGAAUACUCUUUAUGAAACUGAAGAAGAGGGGCUCACUAUAAAUCAAAUUAUUGCCCAGGCCUUCGCCUUCUUCGCAGGCGGAUUUGAAACAGCUUCUUCGACGAUGACUUUCUGUCUCUACGAGCUGGCGCAACACCCGGAGAUCCAGGAGCGUCUCCACCUGGAACUGGAGGGAGUGCUGGAGAACCACGGAGGAGAAAUCAACUACCAGGUGAUUCAGGAUUUGAAGUACAUGGAUCAGGUUGUCCAUGAGACGCUGAGGAUGUAUGCUCCUUUGCCUGUGAUCUACCGGAGAUGCACCAAAGCCUAUAAGAUCCCUGGGUCCGAUUUGGUACUUCAGCCUGGUCAGAAAAUACGCAUCCCGGCCUAUGCUCUACAUCACGAUCCCCAGUACUACCCGGACCCUGACAAGUUCGACCCGGAGCGAUUUGCACCUGAGAAAGUCAAGAAGCGACACCCUUGCCUGCACCUUCCCUUCGGAGACGGACCCCGUAAAUGCAUAGGAAUGAGGUUCGGGUUGAUGCAAACCAAGUUAGGACUGGCCACGUUCGUACUCAAGUUCCGUGCUGAAGUAGCUUCUGACACUCCCAUCCCCAUGAAGUUCAAACCGAACGCUCUCGUCACUCAGUCCGACCAACCCGUCAUCCUCAAAGUUAUUAGGAGAUAGUUUUUUUUAAUGCCUUGAAAACCAUGUUUGUUGGUCUUAUACAGUACUUUGUUUGCAUUGGUAGUCAUGAAAUAUUGUAAAUAAACUAUGGAUAUAGA